AUGAGAACAACGAUAUUCUUGCAUCAUCGAAGUGUUUCAAUACUUCUGCUCGCAAAUCGCAGUCUUAUACGAGCUUUCGUUCCUGAAAAGGUGUCAGUCAUGUUCCUUCCUAUUUUCGCCGUGGUUUGGGUUUUCGCUACGGAGGCCGCGCCCACUGAGAAGACCAUGACAAACAUUUCGGACUGGAAUUCCCUUUUCACAGUCAUUCCUGAAGGGUCUCCUCCGGCGCCUCAAGAGCGCAUCGUCGGUGGGUAUGACGCCAAAAUCUAUCAAUACGGGUUCGUAGGUGUCCUUAAGCGCGCUUUCGAAUACUACUGCACCGCCGUCCUCAUAACUGACGAGUUUGUGUUGACUGCUGCUCAUUGCGUGGACAGGAAACUGACAUGGUAUAAGGUCAUUCUUGGCGCCCAAAAUCUGAAAGCCGAGGAAGAGCAUCGGAUAGAGGUUGGCGUCGAUGAAGUGUUCCUUUACCCCCAUUACAAAUACGACGACGGGAUUUCAGGCGACAUAGCAGUCUUGAAACUGAAGGAGAGGGUGAAAUUUAAUAAAUACAUUUUCCCUGCCCAGCUGCCGAAUAGGGACGUAUAUGCAUCUAUGCCUUUGCUAGUCCUCGGUUGGGGAAAGAAACAAGGAGGUCUGAAGUUUCACAGUCUCCAGGCAGCGCAUACUUAUGUCACCAGAUAUGAUUUAUGCCGUCAUAUCUACAAAUGGUUGGACCGAAAUAUGUUCUGUGUAGCUAACGGUCGCACAUCCACCUGCACUGGUGACGCGGGCGGUCCAGCCAUCUACGAGAAGAUGGUGAUGGGCAUUGCUUCCUUUGGCUCCGAGGAUUGUCAGAAAUCAUUCCCUCAAGGAUACGCCAAUGUAUUUAAAGGAAAAGUUUGGAUUGAAGAGAUCAUAGGAAAACAUAAAUCUGGAUCCAGCUGCCCGUCGCCUCAGGUGUUUGUUGUACUGUCUUUGGCGUUAGUACCCAUCCUGCUAAGGCAAUAAUGGAGAGAAAG